CGGCCCUCCGACGCCCCCGAAGCGGUAAAACGGAGCCAAAAAGAAAAGGGAAAAAGAAAGAAAUGGGGGAGCGGCGCUACAGCGAGCUCGAACAAGCCCUCGAGAUCAAAUCCCUUCGCCGAAUCAUCAGCGCCUAUCUCAAUUAUCCAGAUGCUGCAGAAGAGGAUGUCAGAAGAUAUGAAAGAUCCUUCAGAAAGCUUUCACCCACCCAUAAGGCACUUCUUUCUUAUCUUCCCUUAAAAUUCCAGAGAAUUAGGCGGUGUAUAUCUGUGAAUUCAUAUUUUAUCAUGAGCAUGCUUCAGGCAUUUGAACCCCCUCUUGACAUGAGCAUUGAUAUUGAUGAAGAUGAACAUCUAGAGAAUACCGCUGAACAUUAUCAUCCAGAAAUUCCUCGUUCAUCAGAGAGGAGUAAUUGGUCAAGGCACUCUGAGUCUAUCACUGAAAGCAAUUCUUUAAUUCCCGAGCCAUCUACUUUUCGUGGAGAAAACAGUCUACCUCGAGAUGACAUGAGAAGUGAUGAUAAGCAGGAGCUGAACGGCAAUGCAAUUAUGGAUGGUGCUACCAUCUCCCAUGCUCAGAAGAAAUCUUGUGGCAGUGACAAAGAUAGUGUUGGAGUUGCUGCUGUUCCGGCUGCCCACUGUUGUGGCUCUUCUUCUAAUGGAAAUGUUAAUUCAUCACGUGAUUGGAUGGAUCCAUCUUCGCAGUUGAAUGUCCCUCCAGUGGAUGUUGACAAGGUUAGAUGUAUCAUACGAAACAUUGUGAGAGAUUGGGCACAGGAGGGUCAAAAGGAACGUGACCAGUGUUAUAAGCCCAUUCUUGAGGAGCUUAAUCACCAUUUUCCAGAUCGACGGGAGCAAAGCCCCCCUUCUUGUUUAGUUCCUGGUGCUGGAUUGGGACGACUGGCUCUGGAGAUCUCUUGUCUUGGUUUUGUGAGCCAGGGAAAUGAGUUUUCAUAUUAUAUGAUGAUCUGCUCCAGUUUCAUUCUGAACCACACCCAAGAGGCAUAUGAGUGGACAAUUUAUCCGUGGAUUCAUAGCAAUUGUAAUUCUCUUUCUGACAAUGACCAACUUCGACCUGUUUCUUUUCCAGAUGUUCAUCCAGCAAGCGCAGGAAUCACCGAUGGCUUUUCAAUGUGUGGUGGUGAUUUUGUGGAAGUCUAUAAUGAUGAAAGCCAAGAAGCUUCUUGGGAUUCUGUUGUGACUUGCUUCUUCCUGGAUACAGCACAUAACAUUGUUGAAUACAUUGAGAUCAUAUCAAAAAUUCUCAAAGAUGGCGGAGUUUGGAUAAACUUGGGUCCUCUUCUCUAUCAUUUUGCUGACUCCUAUGGGCCAGAAGAUGAGAUGUCAAUUGAACUUAGUCUGGAAGACGUGAAAAAGGUAGCUUAUCACUAUGGAUUUGAAAUGGAGAUGGAGAAAAUGAUAGAAACAACUUACACUGCGAAUAUGCGAUCGAUGAUGCAAAACCGAUACAAUGCUGCAUUCUGGACAAUGAGGAAGAAACCCCAAUCAAGAAGUUAAAAAAAGCUUUUUCUGAAGGUACAAGUACUCGGAUUUGGCGAGCAUUUACAGCAAUUUUUUUAAAAAAAACAAGAAGAAGAAAAAACUGGUCACAGGGUAAUGUCGGCAGGAUGAGUUUUCAUAGAAAGUCUUACCAGUUGCUUUGUCCUGAGGAAUUUGUCGACAUGGUAAUCGCAUAGUUAUUAAUUUAAUUGUUAGCAGAGUUCAGGUUAGUAGGGAUUAUAUCGGUCGGAGGGAAGUCAUUUAAUUAUCAUUAGCUGCUGCAUUUCUUUUUUUUCUAAGAGGUCGAGUUUCUGAAUUUUAUGAAUAGAGUUUUGUCGACUGCGAGAGCAGCCGGCAAUUCGAAUGGGUCGACCGAGUCCAUUGGGCCGUCAGGCUGGCAUGAAGGGCUAAGAUUGGGCUUACUUUUGUCCGACCCAAAUGUGAUCUGGCCUAAAAUGAUUGUGUAAUAGUUUGUUGUGCUAGAUAUGUAUAUUUGGUCGUAUAUUAAACAUGGAAGUUAAAAUUUUAUUUUGUUAUGGAUAUUUUAAGGCCUUUUUGGCCUUGGUAGCGGCAUUCUCCUUUCCAGGCUUAGACUGUUGUCGCUUUUUUUUAGAAAAUAGUAAUUAUAUGUAA